UUCGACCUAAGGUGACGAAGGCCCUCAGGAUUGAUGCCAUUAUGCUGGCCUGUGAUGGAAACUAUUCUUUUGUUGGUCAAAACCAAGGUGGUCUCUUUGGCUUUAUGCAAAAAUCUUUGUCGAACGUGCAAGAUCAUAUUUGGUUUGAAAGAUCUGAAAUGAAGGACCGGUUAACCGUGGCGAAGAGGCUGCGAGAACAUGUUGAAGAUCCGAACAAAGAUCCCAUGCUUAUAUUUCCAGAAGGAACUUGCAUCAAUAACACCUCCGUUAUGAUGUUCAAGAAAGGCAGUUUUGAAAUCGGCGGAACGAUUUAUCCUGUUGCAAUAAAGUAUGACCCGCUUUUUUCGAACGCAUUCUGGAAUUCAAGUCAAUAUUCUAUGGUUCAUUACUUACUGGAUAUUAUGUCAAGUUGGGCGUUGGUCUGUGACGUUUGGUACCUCCCCCCCGUGACAAGACACGAAAAUGAAACUGCUAUUCAGUUUGCGAACAGAGUAAAAGCUGAUAUCGCAAGACAGGGGGGACUGGUCGAUUUAAUAUGGGAUGGUCAGCUGAAGAGGACGAAGGUAAAACCUGAACUAAGGCAACAGAAACAGGAAGACUUCGCCCAAAUGCUCAAAAUUGAUUAAUAAAAAUGAAGGUAACACUAAAUAUAACAAU